AUUAAAACUAGUUUCACCAAGAAAUGGAACUAUACAUACCUUAAUAUAUACACAUGCUUUGCCUUCGAAUAGACACGUUGCCUUCAAAGUGAAAAAAUAUGUCUAAUUUGCUGGUGGCGGCCAUCGACUUCGGUACAACCUUCUCUGGGUACGCCUUUUCCUUUCUGCAUGAUUAUAGAAGGGAUCCUUUGAAAAUUUCUGCCAACACUUGGACAGCAGGGUCAGGGAACCUGGUGUCUCUCAAAACAUCUACAUGUGUCCUAUUUGAUCCAAACGGAAAGUUUCAUUCUUUUGGGUUUGAAGCCGAGGACAAAUAUUCUAACCUAGCCUUAGAUGAUGAUCACCAUGACUGGUAUUACUUCAGAAGAUUUAAAAUGCUGCUUUACGAGAAAACUCAUUUGUCGAGGGAAAUCCUUAUUGAAGAUGAUAAAGGGAAGGAAAUGGAGGCAAUGAAAGUAUUUUCAACAGCAAUAGGAUACUUGAAAAAUCAUAUGAUGACAAACUGUAAGACGCAGUUGACAGAUAUAGAGGAAUCCGACAUUACGUGGGUGUUAACAGUGCCCGCCAUUUGGAGUGACCCAUCGAAGCAGUUCAUGAGAGAAGCUGCAGGAAAGGUCGGAAUUGCUGAUGAUAAAUUGAUGAUAGCCCUUGAACCUGAGGCAGCUUCACUUUACUGCAUGCACCUACCAGUCCAGAGAGGGGGAGAAAAUACCACCUUUGGAGUGUUUAAGCCAGGUGCAAAAUAUAUGGUUGUUGAUGCUGGAGGUGGAACAAUCGACAUUACGGUUCAUGAAGUCCAGAGCAAUGGUACUCUGAAAGAGUUGCACAAAGCUAACGGUGGAGACUGGGGUGGAACUAAAGUAGAUGCUUCAUUUCGCAGUUUGUUGGCCGACAUCGUGGGUAACGAUGUCAUGGAGAUUUUCAGUAUGGAUCACAAAUGCGAUUUCCUUGAUCUAUUGAGAGAUUUUGAGGUAAAGAAGAGAACCAUAUCUCCCGAUCUUAACGAUAAGGUUACUUUCAAAGUCCCGAUUAAUUUGCUUGAAACAUUCCGCUCAAUCAAUCCAGGAGACGACAUUAAAUCAGUCGUCACAUCAAAAUCCAAGUACAAAAGUAAACUCACUUGGACAGGAGACAAAUUAAGAAUGGAGGCAGACCUCACAAAAACACUCUUUGACGAAAGCUGCAAGAAAAUUGUCCAGCAUCUUAAAAACAUCCUCAAGAGUCCUUCUGUAAAAGAUGUAUCUUCAAUUCUUCUGGUAGGUGGAUUUGCCGAAUCACCAAUGUUACGUGUUGCUAUUCAAACUGCUUUUAAACAGACAAAAAUAAUUGUCCCACAAGAUGCCGGACUGGCCGUUCUAAAGGGUGCAGUACUAUACGGACAUAAUCCAAAUGCAAUUACAUCAAGAGUUUGCAAAUAUACUUAUGGUGUAGGAACAACAACCGAGUUUAUCGAAUCUGUCCAUCCUCAGUCAAAGAAAAAAAUCAUAAAUGAAACUGCGUAUUGCGACGACAUUUUCUCCAUCCAUGUGAAGGUCGGAGACACAGUCAAAGUUGGAGAAGCUCAGGUGAAAAAAACCUACACCGUUCUAAAGCCCGAUCAAACAUCAAUAGGCAUACCGAUUUUUAUAUCACCUGAUGAAAAACCUGAGUACACAACUGAUAAUGGAUGCAAAUGUCUUGGGAAACUAAUCGUCAAUACACCAGACAUAUCCAAAGGAAUGGAUAACGGUGCUGAUGUAUUUAUGACAUUCAGUGGGACAGAGUUAACAGUUACUGCAACUGAAAAACAUCAACAGAACGUAGUAACUGCAUCUUUUGACUUCCUUGGGUGAGCGCAAAGGGAGGUGCUAAAAUUACUGCAUAGUAGCAUUUGAUAAAGAA